AGAUUAAACAAACCUUUUUCCGCACCUUCCCUUUCUUUUCUUCUACUCAGUGUGGGGAAAUCGGAUCGAGAAAAUGGGUCGUACAUUAACGGGUCGGGUCUCCGCCAUUGUUUUCUGCUUUCUUCUUGUUAUCUCAUCCGUGAACUCCUUCUACCUCCCCGGCGUUGCGCCUCGCGAUUUUAUGAGAGGCGAUGAGCUUCAAGUCAAAGUGAACAAGCUUUCAUCUACAAAGACACAACUUCCAUAUGACUUCUAUUACUUGAAAUACUGCAAACCGGAAAAAAUCAAGAAUGUUGCUGAAAACUUGGGAGAGGUCCUUCGGGGCGACCGUAUAGAGAAUUCAGUCUACACCUUUCAUAUGAGGGAUGAGCAAUCCUGCAUAGUGGGUUGCAAAGUUAGUCUGGAUGCUCAAGCGGCAAAGGAUUUUAUAGAAAAAAUUGAUGAUGAGUACAGAGUCAAUAUGAUUCUGGACAAUCUUCCAGUAGCUGUACUUAGACAAAGGCGAGAUGGAAGUCCAUCAACAACUUAUGAGCAUGGUUUUCGAGUUGGAUUCAAAGGAACUUAUGCUGGGAGCAAAGAGGAGAAAUAUUUUAUCCAUAAUCACUUAAGCUUCAGAGUUAUGUAUCAUAGAGAUCCUGAAACAGAUUCUGCUCGAAUUGUUGGAUUUGAAGUCUCUCCAAUCAGCAUCAAUCAUGAGUACAAGGAGUGGGAUGAAAAGAAUCCAAAGGUGGCAACAUGCAACACAAACACCAAAAAUAUAAUCCAGGGAGGCGCUGUUCCACAGGAAGUGGAUACUGACAAAGAGGUCAUAUUUACUUAUGAUGUUACUUUCAAGGAAAGCGAUAUUAAGUGGGCAUCACGGUGGGACACCUACCUCCUCAUGAAUGAUGAUCAAAUUCACUGGUUUUCAAUCAUCAACUCUUUGAUGAUUGUUCUCUUCCUUUCUGGUAUGGUUGCCAUGAUAAUGAUGAGAACUCUGUACAGAGAUAUUGCUAACUAUAACCAAUUGGAAACCCAAGAUGAAGCUCAAGAAGAAACAGGAUGGAAACUUGUCCAUGGAGAUGUUUUCAGAGCGCCUGUAAAUUCUGGAUUGCUGUGUGUUUAUCUGGGAACUGGGGUUCAGAUCUUUGGAAUGACACUUGUGACAAUGAUCUUCGCAUUGCUAGGUUUUCUCUCACCUUCCAACCGUGGGGGACUCAUGACUGCCAUGGUUCUGUUAUGGGUUUUUAUGGGCUUAUUUGCUGGCUACUCUUCUGCUCGUCUGUACAAAAUGUUCAAGGGUACAGAAUGGAAGAGGAAUACCUUAAAAACAGCUUUCAUGUUCCCUGGUAUUCUUUUUGCAGUCUUCUUUGUGCUGAAUGCUCUAAUUUGGGGUGAAAAAUCAUCUGGAGCUGUACCAUUUGGAACAAUGUUUGCUCUUGUGUGCCUAUGGUUUGGAAUAUCAGUACCAUUGGUAUUUAUUGGUAGUUAUUUGGGUUUCAAAAAGCCUGUCGGUGAAGAUCCUGUCAAGACCAAUAAGAUCCCUAGACAGAUACCUGAACAGGCCUGGUAUAUGAAACCAGUAUUCUCAAUACUUAUCGGUGGCAUUCUUCCUUUUGGGGCUGUUUUCAUUGAAUUGUUCUUCAUCCUGACCUCCAUCUGGCUGAACCAGUUCUACUACAUCUUCGGCUUCCUCUUCAUAGUCUUUGUGAUCUUGAUAAUCACAUGUGCAGAGAUCACAAUCGUUCUUUGCUACUUCCAGUUGUGCAGUGAAGACUAUAAUUGGUGGUGGAGAGCUUACCUGACGGCUGGAUCCUCCGCUUUAUAUCUCUUCUUCUACUCAAUUUUCUACUUCUUCACCAAGCUGGAAAUUACGAAACUGGUUUCUGGCAUUUUGUACUUCGGAUACAUGUUGAUUGCAUCGUAUGCUUUCUUUGUGUUGACUGGAACAAUUGGCUUCUACGCUUGCUUCUGGUUUGUUCGGAAAAUCUAUUCCUCUGUGAAGAUAGAUUGAUAUGAAGCGAAGCGUAGUCGGAUAAUUUCAUAGUAGAUUCUCCAGAAUGCCUUUCGGAUGGAUGGAUUAUAGAGAAGUCAAAUCAGGUACCUCCAUUUUUGCAGGAUAAGAGCUGUAAACUGUGUAAAAUUUUCCCCACCUGCGAAAUCUUUUUCUAAUUUUUUCUAUUAGUGUAGCAUGUAUUUUACUCAGUUUUGAUUUUGUUCACAUCAAUAUAAUUUUCCUGGACCAUAAGAUCUAGAAGAGUUUCUGAUAGAAGACAGAGAGACAAAUCAUAGUUGUAUUGAAACCUUUCUCCCAGAUCAUCACCAAUCCAAUUGUAGCUUUAAUUGAUGCUGAUAUUCUCAUGUAUCCGUUUAUUUUAAUCUUUUUUCAUACUAGUCUUAUUUUUUGCCCCCUUUAA